AUGAUUGAACCAUCGUUGAAAGCCUUGGCUUCCAAGUACAACUGUGAGAAGUCCAUCUGCCGUAAGUGCUACGCCAGAUUGCCUCCUAGAGCCACCAACUGCAGAAAGAGAAAGUGCGGUCACACUAACCAGUUGAGACCAAAGAAGAACAUGAAUACUCCUGUCGGAACAGGAUUCCCUCAUGAUCCGAAGGCCUCCCUGCCUCAGCUGGACUCUGCUCCGCUUGAUGCAAAUCUCCAGAGUCAUCCGGCUUUUGUCAGCAUGUAUGGGAACCAGAUAAACCCAGCUCAGCAGAAACGCCAGAACAGCAUGUCGGCGUACGUCAACAACCCAUCCAGCAAGCGAACCCCUAACCCCUUGCAAAUGCAGCUCUCCAUGCAGAGCAACGUCCCUGGCGCCAACCAGUUGGGAUCCACCAACCCAGGCUCGCCUUCAGGGAGAUUCGCUCCAGCAGCGCUGCGUGGCAAGUACCGCAAGUCUGUCCAAUUUCCGUCUCUGCAACAGCAGCUACAGAACCAAGCGCCGCUGCAAGGUCACGGAUCACUGAUGAUCAAGACACCAACUCCAUCCAACUACGACGUCCCCUCAAGUCCGAACGUCACACAGUCCACGGCGCAUAACAAUUCGGAUCUGUCCGGAUCAAGCCCCAUGGUGGAUUCGAUGACCCCUGCUAAUACCUCCCACAACAAGGAUACCGCCUCCGCCACCAGCCAGUCCCAGUCCAUGCCCCUACAACAGCAGCCUUCGGUACAAUCCGACGCGCUGAACAAUCAACAACAGCGGGUCAUGACAGACGAGGAACAGCAACUCGCCACCAAGUUGAAGGAGACGUACAAGAACAUCGUGAGUUUCGAGGAGAUUGUCCAAAAGUCCAUCGUGGACCUCACUCACAAGAUUAAUCAGUCUAGCAACUUCUACUCCCCUUACACGACGUCCAUGUACGUCCCUCAGCAUCAGGCGCUCCACGGAUCGGCGCCCAAUUUCCAGGCCGCACUUCCUACAAACACAACCGAGCUCUCGAACAACUUGUGGACCAUCUAUCAUCAUAAUAUCACCUUGUUGAACAACUAUUAUGAUUUCCUCACCACUGCGUUGAAGCCAACGGCAAUCUCUACGCAUCAUAGAACAGGCAAAAACAUAAUUGAUUUAUACAAAAUCCCCCGCCGAAUGUGGGUCUACGGUAUUGUGGGAUUUCUAGAAUUGUUAAAAAACAUCAUGAGCAUUUUUCAGGAGCACGAGGUUUUUUCUUGCUUCAUCGCUCACUGCUUCAGCAUAGUCUCGAGCCUCACGGAUCCAUCAUGGGAGAUGGAGGGCUGGUGGUGUGAGAAGCUCGGUGACCUCUCCAGAAUGGCCAUCGCUUUAUACUCAUCGCGAUUCAUUGAUUGGAAAUCCAGUUCCGAGUACUGGUAUUGGAACGCUUUGAAAACACUUUACGGCCAUGGUAAGAUGUAUUAUCAUAUGAGUACUGUCCAGCAGGAUAAUCUAGAGGCACUCGUGAACAUCAGUAAGGCCGUUAAUUGUCGCGAUCCAUUUGUUCCUACAGCUCAAUACCUAGAGCUAGUCGUUGAAAACAUUUGUACUCAAAGGAAUAUCCUUUCUUUGCUUGAGUUACCCAUCAUCGACUUCAUCAAGAUUCAUAAGGUCUUAUUGUGCAUCAACACCAGCAACCCAAACUCCCGCAUCUCUCCUAACCAAGGUGACAUGUUCCAAGAAACAAGACUCAAUCAGGGAAUAGAUCUUGUCUCUCGGUAUGCUAUGUCAUUUGGCUCGGACUCCCAUGGGUACAAUUUUUUCUUGCGCCAGUUCAUCUACCCUAAUCAAUCUGAUAAACAGAACUCCGAUCCGUUCACUCAAUAUUUGAAGCAACAACAUGAGCAAGAUCAGCAGUCCAAUUCCAUGGAUACAAUAGAGAAGGUAAACUUUUGGUUCAACAAGGGUCCUCUUUUUGCAUUAGCCAACAUCAAUCACUUGAUUGGCUUCGGUGAUGCCAGAAAUCCUUUUGCAAAGUUAUUCUUGCUUCCAGAGGCUCUACGCGAGCGGAAAGACAAAAAAGAGAGGAAGAGGAAGACGAAGUCGACCGGUUCACAAGACCAAGCCAACAUGGAGGCAUCCCCUCAGUUCGGUGGAAUGACCAACGGCGUGGAUAGUGCAUCAGUAACUGGAUCUGAUCUUUCUGUCAUGGAUUGGUUCUAUUGCUUAGCUUAUCUCGACAAGUCAGUUUUGGAGCUCAACUUCCGAAUUUUGAGAUACUUCUUGGUUGGUCCAAAACAAGCAUCUGCAUGUCAUGUUAUUGUCUGGCUUUACUUCUUGAUCGCUCUCGGUGAGGCUAUUAAGCGCUACCCGGAGUCUAGGAACAUGUUCUUGUGGUUGUUCCAGAAGUUUUUCCCCUGGGAGGCAUUCAUUAACUACACUAACAGCAUUACCGCCAUUGUGAGGAACAAUACCCAUGUCAAUGAUAUGUGUCGUGAGUAUAUCAUCAACCAUCCUAAUUACGUGCAACAUUUCAAUGAGAACGAACACUUACCUGAAGUUUGGAAGUGUUGGGGUACACUCUGGUUUGACUUUAUUUGUGUCAAGCAAGAUUAUGAAGACUUUGAAGCUGCAGGUAUACUGAGUCACGAAAUGUUUGACCAGCCUAUAUGUGGGACUCCACCCAUGAUGAACCUCAACAACUUGCAGCAAGAUGGCUCAGGUCCCAGAGACAAGGGCCAGAAGGACAACGAGGAGAGACUUGUUCGUAUUGUUUUGCUUUCACGUUUACUCGCGGACAAUUAUGACUUUGGUUUCAUGAGAGACAAAGAUGGUUUCAAGUUUGAUCAGCAGGUUUACGAGGACUCGAAGAACGACACUCUUCUUUCGUUUCCUUCUUACAAAGGCUCUAGUGACAUGUAUCAAUUCAUCAACGAGGUGAUCUACGAAGACAACCGCUUGACGCUGGGAAGUUUCGUUACACCGAUCUCGACUUCCAAUCUCGGGCAAAGACUUCUGGAGGAUUCCCUCACACCAGAGUUACUUGAUGAGUGUUGGUUCCACAUCGCUGCGGGGUCAUCGUGGCUUAAUGGUACUGGUGGCAUUGAUUUCAGUGAUGUGAUACCCAAUCAGGAAGCUUUGGAAGGUUACGCCGAUACUGAAUCGAAUGACAAUGGAAUCGAUUUGGACUCUGUCGGCCAGGCUGGCCAUUUAGAGAAUCAUCAUUUGUAUCACCUCCUGCAGCAUCAACAGGCUUUGAUGCUGCAACAAAGAGGGGCUUCACAAGAAUUUUAUAACGGCAUUAUUGAGGGUGAUUUGGUACCCUCUUUCAGGAAGAAUUCUGUUGAAGGUGACCUUGGUGACAGAAUGGACACCUCCUUAACUUACAUAACCUUCGACACCAAUAUUUGGUUGAAGCACUGUGGCAGAAUUUUCAAGUGCGCUCAUAGCGGGGCUUUUAAGGUGCUGAUUCCCCUUAUCGUUUUCCAGGAGUUGAGAUCUCUUAGGAAAUCGACAGAAGCCACCAUUGCUGAUGCUGCUACGAGAUCAGUAAUCAUUAUUAGAGAGUUGUACGCCAACAAGGAAGUUGUGCCGUUGAGAUUUGACGGGACAGUUGCCAGCGACAUAAAUGAGGUAACUGAAUUUGAGAAUAAUCCUUCUUGGCUUAACAAUGUUGACCUGACUGUUCUCAAUGUGGUCACAGAGCAUGACGAGAUAAACAGGAAGACGAUGAAUGGAACCAAUGCCAUUCUUAGAACCAAGCCUCCUAUUAUGCUUGAUGAAAAAAUGGCUAAGGUUUUCCGCUACUGUGUCCUCAUUACAGACGAUAGAAAUAUGCGCUUGAGAGCCAAAACGACUGGUCUAAGCAGCUUCCAAAGCCGAUGGCUUUUCGGUCAACUCGAGUCUAUUAGCUCAAAUAUGUGCAUAGACUGA